GGCGCUCCGGUUUCCUGGCGGAGAAGAUGGCGGCUCCUGGACCGGGGGAGUAUUUUAACGUUGGGAGCCAUGUCUCAUGUCUAACAUGCCUGGGACAGCGGCUGCAAGGAGAGGUUCUGGCCUUUGACUACCAAUCGAAGAUGCUGACCUUGAAGUGCCCGGCGGCCAGCGGGAAGGCGGGCCUGCACGACGUGGUCCUCAUCAACCUCGCCUACGUCUCCGAGGUGGACAUCAUCACCGACCGCACGGAAACCCCGCCCCCGCUAGCCUCCCUGAAUGUUAACAAGCUUGCCAGUAGAGCUCGCAGUGAGAAGGAGGACAAGCUGUCUCAGGCGUAUGCCAUCAGUGCUGGAGUCUCUCUGGAGGGACAGCAGCUCUUCCAGACCAUACACAAAACGAUCAAAGAGUGCCGGUGGCAGGGUAAGGACAUCAUCGUGAUGGAUGACGUGGUCAUCGCGCCGCCUUACCAGGUGGACAACUGCAAGGGCAAAGAGGGCAGCGCUCUAGCCCACGUACGCAAAAUAGUUGAAAAGCAUUUUCGGGACGUGGAGUCCCAGAAGCCGGCCCAGCGGGCACAAGCACAGCAAACACAGAAGGACUCUAAGGACUCCUCCACGUUAUCAUCCUGAGCUGAGCAGAGCAGAGAGCAGCAGAGCCAACCAACAUACAGACAGACAAGACGAACAGAACAGAACAGAACAGACCGACCUACAGAUGAGAGAAAAGACGGAGAAACACCACCACCACCACCACCACCACCAUGGCGAAGGCAGUUCCUCUUUUUUUUUUUUUUGGUCCCCCAAGUUUUUUGUUUUUUUUUCUCCUUCCCUCCUCCUCCCACAUUUUUCUUUUUUUUUUUUUGUAUGUUUGUUCUCCUCGGCUCACAGCGUCUUGGUCGGGGUGGAGGGCUGCAGGAAUGUGUCUUUGUGGAGUAUUUUGGGUGGAGUGGGGGGUGUGGUUUUGGCUGUGGGGGCUGGCAGGGUCAGGAAUGAGGAAGUGGUCUCGAUAAGCUGCCAAGAUGGCCGUCGCAUGUCCUUCAGCACCGGGCAGGCAGCAAGCAAAGACCUCCGUUAUCAGGAGGAGAGGACACCAUAACGAGACUUACCCAAUGCGUUUACUUUCUUUCUUUUAUGUCUCUCUCUCUCUCUCUCUCUCUCUCUCUCUCUCUCUCUCUCUCACCCUCUCAAUCCUUUUCAACAUAAUUUAAUGAAUUGCAUUCUUACACCCCUUCUGCCUGCCCUGUCCGCUCUUACCCAUGUCAUCUCUCCAUCUCUGUGCCCUUUUCCCUCUCUCUCUCUCUCUCUCUCUCUCUCUCUCUCUCUCUCUCUCUCUCUCUCUCUCUCUCUCUCUCUCUCUGGCUGACCUUGGCCAACCCCUUCUGUUUCCCAUCCCUGCAUCCCUCCUCUCUGUUCUGGUUCACUCACUCUCUUUUCUCUCUUCCUAUCCUGGCUUUCUCCAUGAUUGUUUUGGCCAUUUGCUGAUACUCUCCACCCCCCACCCCCCUUCCAUGUCUCCUAAGUUACCUGUAUGAGUGACAGUAGAUGAGACAAACCCAGCCCCCUCCGCCACCCCUACCCCUACCCCUCCAUAUUUGAGGUCUGGUUGGUUCGUCUACGUAGAAGGGGGUCAAGGUCACUAAAUGUGUGAUCUGUAUGGAUGGAAGAAAGGAAGACAGCAGGUGAACAGUCUGGAGCAAGGCGGCAGUAUAUGUUUGACCCAUCUGCAUCUAGGGCUAAUGAUUUAAGCAUCAACUGACCAACAACGCACUUCAGAAACGACAACAAUCUUCAACACAUUCACAUGGACUUUUUUUUUUUUUUUUUACCCCGGCUGGUUCUUUAAAAAGUAGGGUUGUCAUCUCUCUUCACUGAUAGAAACGAACGAGGGUUUCUCUUUCCUCCCCCACCUCCCCUCUUCCUUAUGUCCAGACGUGGUGUUUUGCUUUCACUUUUUUGGCCCUUCCAUUCUUGUCUGGGUCGACUUAAGAGUCGCAGUGAGGGCAGCUGUCCAGCAGGUGUCGCCUCUGAGCCAUGCUGCUGCUGUGAAAGGCAGGGCUGUGCAGUACAGAGCGUGGCACAGAACUGGACAUGCGUUUAAUAAUAAUGGUUGUUAAUUUAAAGUUGAAGUCUGCGUCUACCACAGAGGUGCAGGGGGGUGGCAUGGUGCACCACCCCUCCUCCAAAACAUAGGGCUAUAUGCCUUUCUUUCUUUUUUUUUCUCCCCCUGUUCUCCAUAGCGCUUGAUAAAACCUCCUCCAAAAUAAUGGUCCUUGACUCAACAUAACGAUACCUCUUCCAUGACGGGACCACUUUUCCUUUCUUUUGAAAAAAAAAAAAUAUUUUCUUGAUUCCUUCAUUUUAUUUUUGAAGAUAUCCAUACAAAUAUGCGCUCUUCCAUUCUCGUCAAUGAGUUGUGGGGUGGAGAGGAGCCUUUCAUCCUGUUGUCUCACCUCCCCAUAGCUUCAUGCAUUCCUGACUCGCUCCCGUGGUAAGAGUGCCAUUUCUUUUGCGCCUCCCCAAAAAGAGAAAGGAAGAUUCUGAUUUUUGAAAUCCACGUGAUAGCCAGUGUUACGGUGUGGCGAAGGAAGACGAGGGCCAGUCACCACGCUCAGAUGAUGAUCGUGAUGACGGUGAGGAGGAUGGCCUUUUAUGAUUUUUUUUUUUUUUUUUUUUGUGGAGAGAUGAGGAGCUGGAGAGGCGUGUUUCCAUGUUGGGAAUGCUGCAUUGUGCUGUGGUACGGAGGGGAUGGAAGGGUCAGGAUUUACCCUCAAGCCCGCUCCCCGUCUUCACCAACCUACACACACACACACACACACGGACGCACGCCCCGCCUGCUCCUCACAACAAGCCCUCCGCUGGACGCUAUCAGUAAACAGAAGCCGAGAGAUGCGCUCCCACGCUGUGAACCAGUCCGACCUCACGGUGUGAGUGUGUGUGUGUGUACAAGUGUGUGUGUGUGUGUACAAGUGUGUGUGAGCGUGUGUGUGUGUAUGAACGAGGCUGCCAAUGCCUAGGUUUCUUUCCCAGUAUUUUAUUUUUUAUUUUUCAAUAGUAACAUUAAAAUAAAAAAAAAACGAAAACAGUCAACCUGUUUGUAUUUGCUUUCAUGGUUUUGUGGUGUGUGGUUAACCUUGUGUAGGUAGGACUAGUCCUCCUCUGUAGGAGUUUUAAGAUAUAUGGUGCAGGGCGGGUAUGGUUCCCAGUCAGAUUUAGAAAAUAUGCCCCUUGGUUAUACCUACUUCAGGGAUGGGCAACUGUAGGCCCGGGGGCCACAUGCGGCCCGCCUCCUCACUCAGUGUGGCCCCUUAGAUAAUACAUAAUUAAAGAAAUAAUGACUAAGCUUAUAUUUUCCAGAACACUGCCGUCUGUGGUCCCUUGUAAUUAUACUGUUAGCCGAUAGAGAUCACUCCUAUUCCCUCCAAACAAUAUUGGCAGUCAGUGAGCAACCAACUGCACCUCGAACUCUGCAAGUGACAGUCCGAUCCCUGGUCAUCUGGCCCUCCGAUGGUGGCGA